AUGCCGUCCUCUUCCCCGAUCCCUCCAAAACAUACCUCCCCAUCCAGUGUUCCACCUAAUGAGACUUCUCCCCUUAUCUCCACCCACCAUCAUCCCCAUGACCCUCAUCCUCCCCCCACCUCUCCCUCCCUCCCAACCCUCAUCCUCUACUUCAUGACCCUCCACUUCCUCAUCGCCUUCUGCGAAAUGGUUCUCGUAGCCCCCCUCAUCUCCCUCUUCGAAUCUUCCCUCUGUCAGUCUUAUUACAAUUUUCCAGAGCCAAGCUUAAGAUUAAAUAAUCGGGAAAUUAUUUCAGAAAUGUGCAAAAUACCCGAGAUUCAGGGUCCGUUAGCGACGAUUAGGGGAUGGAAAAGUCUUGGAGAUACGGUGCCUGUUUUACUAGUAGCGAUUCCGAUUGGUAACUUGGGAGAUCGAUAUGGAAGGAGAAAGAUCAUGGCGCUAUCUUUAAUUGGAGUUGGAUUAUCUUUGGUGGAAAUAUUUGUUAUUUGUGCAUACCCAAAGAUCUUCGAUUUGCGUUGGGUAUGGUUGUCUUCACUGUUCCUUUUAUGUGGAGGAGGUUUAUACUCAAGUGCAGCAUUUAUGUGGGCGAUGGCUUCUUCCCUCAUAACGGAAGAUAAAAGGAGCUAUGCAUUUUACUAUAUCUUCUCGGCAUUCUAUAUUGCAGAGCUCAUUGGGUCAUAUGUAGCUUCUGUCACGAUAGACAUUACUCCUUGGAUUGCCUGUAGUAUGGCAAUGGGAUCUGUGACCCUAGGAUUACUUUUGUUGUGGCUGGUACCAUUUAGUCAAUCGUCGUCGCCACCGGAACCAUCCUCACCUUCAUCCCCAACACGACUACAAUCAAGGCAUAUUACAACUAUCCCCAAGACCACCAUUCUCGCUACCAUCCGCCACGCCAUGAUACAACCCAACGUUCUCCUCUGCAUCCCAGUCUUCCUAGUCGGAACCCUCAGAUAUAUAACUCUCAAUAUCUUGAUCCAAUAUUCGUCAGUCCGUUUUAACACCAAGAUAUCUAAAGGAGCAAUGUUCUACACCGAAACAGCUAUUAUCAAUAUAUUCCUAUUCCUUUUCCUGAUCCCGAGGAUAACUAUUUGGAUAAAAGCGAGAUAUCAUGUGAGAUCCGAGAAAAUCGAUUUGACACUGAUGAGGAUUAGUGUAUGUUUUCUUUUGGUUGGCUCUCUUGCUAUUGGGUUAGCACCGACGAGUGGGUGGAUUCCAGUUGGUGUUUCUAUCUUCGCUGCAGGCUUCGGAUCCCGAGUCUCAACCCUUUCCCUAAUAUCCCAUUUUAUUCCCGCCUCCUCCCUCGCUACCCUCUACGCCUCGAUAGCCGUGCUCGAAAAUCUCGGUCAUGCUAUCAAUGAUCCUUCCAUGCAACAUAUAUUUGCGGCAACCUUACGCCUACCACCUUUUUGGCAUGCGUUACCCUUUUUUGUUGCUGCUGUAAGUACUCUUUUACUUCUUAAAUUUGCAGAUAAAAACAACUUGUAG